AUGAGCGCGCACGCCGUCGGCGCCGACGCGCCGGCGAACUGGGCCGCGUUCGUCGUGGGGCCCCUCGCGGCGGCGCACGCCGUCCACACCUUCGUCUGCGUCGGGCCGGCGAUCCACGGCGCGCAGGCGGCGCUCUGGGCCGACGUCGGCGGCACCGUCGUCGUCGCGCCGCCGCCACCCGUCGACUUCGACGACCAGUACACGCGGCUCGCGGCGUGCUACGGCUUCGCGCGAGGGUACGAGGCCGCGGAGCGCCUCGCGUUCACGCACUACGUGCGUGCGCGGCCGGACCUGCGCUGGGCGGCGCCCAUCGCGCCGCUGGGGACCUUCGCCGCCGACGCCGUGUCCCUGCGCGCGCGCGGCGUGCUCCACGCGGAACCGCGGAACACGUCGCUUGCGGCGCUCUCCGGGUCGCCGAAGCGCGGCUGCGACUACUUCGCCCGGCAGCUCGGCGCGGCGGGCCGCGACGACGCGCGGGCGGCCAUGCGCGCCGCGGGCAUCCCGACCUGCGCCGUCGUCGACGACAUGUUCGCCGUCGUGCCCGCGACGCUCGCCGACGGCUACUUCCGCCUCGAGGAGCGGUUCCCCGGCCCGCCGGAGCGGCGCGACUUCGACGCCUACGCGGAACGCGCCGACGACGCCGCGGUCCGCGCCCACUUCGGCGCCGCGCGCGACGCCGACGCCUUCGUCGCCGCGUGCCGCCUCUUCGGCCAGGCGAGUUGGCGCGCCGUCUUCGACCGCACGUUCCACGGCGCCUACGGCGUCGGCAGCCACGACUUCCGCCACGGCUGCUGCGAGGGGCGCCUGACCUGGCGCCUCGCGGGGCGCCUCGUGCCCACGGCCGUCGCGCCCUUCCCCUUCGUCUUCGCGGGCCGCGGCGGCAAAGGCGACGGCGCGAAGCGCAUGGGGAGGCGCGUGCCCUGUUAG